AUGGCAGACUCUGGGCCAUCGACAUCGACGCUACCACCUUCACUGGUUGAACCAGCACCUGAGCGGCCCUUGCCAUCUACGCACUUCUACUCCGUGGAGUACCCUGGAUAUGUAAAGGCUACAUCCGUUCCGCUCGCAAUAGAACGUCUUGGAGGCCAGAGGAGUGUUGAAAACGCGCUCAAACGCGCCGCGACCAAGUCCGAAUCCGUUCUCGAACUGCGCCUGCACUCAGGCAAUCCCUUUGCGCAUCCUAUUGCAGGCGAUGUGGUUUCGACAAAUAAUAUCCUGCUCAAGGUCGUGAAGCGUAAAAGAAAGAAGCAGGGAGUGUCGUCCUCGGAGGGUGGUGUGGAAGGUAUGGCAGACUUCCAGUACCAGCCCGACAUGGACGAUCCUAUAACAGAUCUCCGCCUCGCCAUGCAGUCUAUGAACGUGGAGGGUAUCAUGAAUUUCAGAAUUCCGCAGGAGAAAGAGGACUAUUAUGUCCCCAAAGACCCUUCGGCAAUGGACAUUGACCCUGAUCUCAAUGCAGCGGGCAUCAGUGAUCCCCCUGGCUCUACCCUGAAGAGCAACCUACGCCUCUUCCCGCCCCCUUUAUUCAGUCGCCAAGUAAUCCCUCAAAACUACAACUUUAAGGCCAAUCCUGCGUCGGUUGUUACCACCUAUGUAGACGAGGAAACUGGCGAGGAGAAGAAGCGGCUAGUUAAUAGAAUGAGAUGGAAGGGAUAUGGUCCCGUCUCAAUCACCUAUGCAGAGAAGACCGUUCCAGACAAACCGUUCGCGUCAGUAGAGGAGCAGCGCGAUAAAACUAAUCAAGCAUUGCUGAAACGAUUGCAGGAGCUGUUCCAGGAGCGCCCUAUCUGGACCAGAGCCGCAAUUUUCAAUCAGUUUUCACCGUUUGAAAUGCGUGAGAUUAUCAACUCCAAAGUCCUCCUGCCACUAGUUUCGUAUGUCUUCCAAGAUGGACCUUGGCGCGACACGCAAAUCCGCCUUGGUUACGACCCGCGGGAGGACCGUCGGGCACGUUUUUUCCAGAGAUUGUACUUUCGGAACACCAGUCAUCCCAUCGUCCGGCCUUCCGUUGUCAGUAAACGACAAGAAGGCCGGACGGAGACCGCCAUGAACCGCGUUAUUGACGCACAGGGAAGAGAGGAGGACAAGAGGUCGCAUAUCUUUGAUGGACUCACUGUCAAAAAAGAGACUGCCGCGUUCCAAUUAUGCGAUAUUCACGACCCGAUGCUUAAGGAGAUGAUCGAAGACGAAGACGAUCUCCGAGAGACGUGUAACGAGCGCGACGGUUGGUACUCGACCCACGCAUUUGAGCGGAUAAAGACGGUACUCAGACACAAAUUCUUCUCACUCCUUGGUGGACACAUUGCCACGCGCGAAGAAUGCGAGGCACUGCUUGUUCCGCAGGAAGGCACCAACAAACUCCCGCCUGCCCCGAGGCAUCGCCUAAGACCUGGCAAGCACAACAUGGCAAAAGGCGCGUUGCGUCCGGAAGAUGCUGCGGCUCAGAGACUGGUAGCGGCGCUGCAAUUGCAACAGAAGAACGCGAGCGAGAAUCGAUCUCAGGAGCAACGGUGA